AUUAACAGAACGAGACACUAAUUCCUUGAUUUAGCGGACAAAUCGAUUAUUUAUCUUGAAUACUGUUUUAUAGAUAUUCUUCACGCUGCAUAAUCAGCCACGAUGCCGUCAAUGGUGUCUUCUCGAAAUGAAUCUUCGUACAUCCUGAACCAAAUCAUUAUAUCGCCAUCUGAUGCUGACUAUCUUGACCAACUUAUCCCAUCGAUUAAAGAAUACAGUAUCGGCAACCGAACCUCGCAGCUGCUGCAGUCACUAUCUAGGUUCGCCGGCGACAAGGAAGCGGAGAUCGAAACAAUUUGCAAUACACACCACCAGGAGUUUGUCAGUUCCGUCAAUCAGCUUCUUCGGAUUAGAGAAGGCACUGUCAGCUUGACAGGAGAAAUACUAGAUUUAAACCAAUCCAUUCAAUCCAGCACGGAAAAGUUAGCUGAACAAAAGAAAGUAUUAGUUGAGUCGCGGAGUCACAGACAGAAUAUAGAUGAGACAUUGCGUGCCAUCCAAGAUUGUCUGGAAGUUCUACGUCUCGCCAAUCAAGUCCAUGAUCUAUUGGCAAAGAAAAAUCACUACGCGGCCCUUCGGGCCCUUGAAGAGCUCCAGAAUGUUCAUCUCAAAGGGGUGACCCAGUACAAGAUUGCCGAAAUGAUCCAACGUUCCGUCCCAACAACCCAAAAGGCCAUAGCUGAAGCAGUAAUGUCAGACCUGAAUACUUGGCUAUACCGGAUCCGUGAAAUGUCGCAAUAUCUCGGGGAGAUUGCUUUAUACCACACCGAUCUUCGAAAAACAAGGCAGAAAGAGAGGGUGGAGAGGCUACCAUAUCUUGGGCAUUUCAAGUUGAAUUCUGCCAUUGAAUUGGUUUCCGACGAGCAUGAGGAGUAUGAUCUUCUACAAAAUGAAGAACUUCAGGUUGAUUUUACACCGUUGUUUGAAUGUCUUCACAUCCAUCAAUCUUUAGGGCAAAUGGACAAGUUUCGCAUUGAAUACGCCAACACACGACGUCGGCAAAAAGAGCUCCUUGUCCCAGCAUCAAUAACACUCAUUGACGAGGAUGGCGCCAGCCUACACAAUCUUCUAGAAGAAAUGGCGGGAUUUGCCAUUGUGGAACGAUCUACAAUGAAAAGAAUUCCUGAUCUGAGAUCACCAAUUGAUGUCGAUGAAUUGUGGGACUCAUUGUGCCAAACAGCAGUUCACUUGAUAUCACAAUCACUCCAUGAGGUUGAUAACGCUGAGAGUAUCCUAAAAAUAAAAAACCUAAUUGCACUGUUCAUGCAAACAAUGAAUGCUUGGGAUUUCCAGGUUCCAGUAUUUGACAACUUCUUGUUGGUUUUGUUUGGAAGAUACGCUGAGCUUUUGAAGAAAAGGUUUAGUGAUGAUUUUCAAGAGAUUGUGUCUACCGAUGAUUACAUGCCCAUGCCGAUCCAGACAUUGGAGGAAUAUGAUAAGGUCCUCAAUGUCAGCUGGUAUACCCCCGAGAAAUCUCGAGAAGAGCAAGCCUUCCCAUGUGUCCUGCCGUUUUCUCAAAUGUAUCCGUUGUGUUGCAUCGACAUUCGGAACUUUCUGAACCAGUUCUACUUUUUUGCCAAUGACGACUUUUCACACUCAGAUGUUAUUGAUGAAACGCUUAAGGAUGCACUGGACGAACUACUCUCAGACAAAGUUUGCGAUACCUUAGUUGAGCGUCUUUCUUCCCAAUACUUGGGGCAAAUUGUUCAAAUCCUCAUAAAUCUAGAGCAUUUUGAACAUGCAUGCUAUGAGCUUGAAAUACUUCUCGCAGCUGCUAGGUCGCAAGGCUCCACCAGUGGUUCCACAGCUUUAAAUGCUACCGAAAAAUUCAGGAGUAACAAGAAAGCAGCAGAGAAGCGCAUAUUCGAAGUCGUCAACUCGAAAAUUGACGAUCUCGUUGAAACCGCAGAAUACGACUGGACGGCCUCUUCUCCACCAAUUGAGCCGAGCAAUUACAUGCAGACACUGACUCGUUUCCUAUCGAACAUUAUGAAUUCAACAUUGCUAGGUCUCCCCACGGAAAUCAAAGAACUCAUAUACUUUGAUGCUCUGAGCCAUGCAGCGGAUACGAUUCUUGCUCUUCCACUUGCUCCAGAUGUCAAGAGAAUCAACACAAAUGGAAUCAUGGCUCUCGCAAAGGAUGUUGAAUAUCUUCAUCAUUUUGUUGAUAGCCUUGGUGUACCCAUCCUUCGCGAAAACCUUGAUGAGCUUCAACAAACAGUACAGUUGAUGCAGGCAGACAAUACGGAUGAAUUUUAUGACAUAUCUACCCGCAAUAAGAAAUAUGGUCGCGUGGAUGCGAUUAAUGGGCCGAUCUUACUAGAAAAGGUCACACGAGCUCCCGAAAAUGUGAUAAAAAAUGAUAAGUUUCCAACACUUUCUUCCAGGUUUGGGAAACGGUCUUGAGAUAUAGUGUAGUCGGUGAUUGUAAUGCCUGGUGCUCCGAUCCAAAUUGGCCAUAAUAUCGCUCACGACCCGGCCGAUUAAUAACAUUUGGGAAGAGUCAUUUUACUCAUGUCAAUA